GACUAAACGCUCAGACCAUGCAGAGAGAGCGACGACUUCUUCCCCGUUUCAGCAGCUUUGCGAAAAAAUUUCGAAGCUCAAACCUCUCUCUCUCUCUCUCUAUGUGAUUUUGUUUAAUCGGCGUUUCGUUUUCGAAUUUCGUAUCCGAUAACGUGGGACUCGAUACGAAAUUCGAUUCGGUAACCGAAGCUUUGUGUAGGCUGUAGAUGUUUAUGGGAGUUUGAAGGAAUGGAGAUGAGGGAACGAAGGCGACGACUCAUCUCAGUGAUUUCGGGUUCUGCUUUCCUGUGGUUGAUUUUGUUGUUUGGCUUGCUCAGAAAGCUAUAUGCUAUUUCAGAAGUAUAGGUGCUGCCCUAAUUGCGUUUAAGACCAACUUAGUUGAUCCCAACAAUGUUUUAGGGAGUUGGGAUGCCACACUUGUUAAGCCCCCCUGCGCAUGGUAUCACAUUAGCUGCAAUAACGACUCAAGUGUUACUCGAGUUGAUCUUGGAUAUGCAAAUCUAACUGGUACAUUGGUUCCUCAACUUGGUCAGCUAAGGAAUCUACAGUUCUUUGUACAAGAGGUGAGGUGAUACAGAAAGAAAGGCCUUUUCAGUCUUGUCUCCUAGGUGGUGCGUUUUACUUAAGCUUGAUGGAGAAUCGGUGGAUCAUUUGUUUAUGCAAUGUCACUUCUCUCUACAAUUAUGGUUCAAUCUAUUGAAAGAGUUUUGAUUGCAGUGGGUUGUGCCACAACAUUGUUCCCCAUCCUCAGUUUAGAGUUGUACCAAAUAACACAACAUCAUGAUUUAUGUGUCAUAAUUGUGAUAUGCUUUUAGUAUUUUCUUGUUGCUUGUUAAAUUUUAUUGACAGGGAACUUUUUAGCAAUAAUAUAAGUGGGAAAAUCCCAGAAGAGCUCGGAAGUUUGACAAACUUGGUGAGCUUGGAUCUUUACUUGAACAAAUUAAAUGGUUCGAUUCCAGCCACACUAGGGAAGCUUGGAAAACUACGUUUCCUACGUCUCAACAACAACAGUUUGUCAGGGACUAUUCCUAUGACUUUAACAGGUGUUGACUCACUGCAAGUCUUGGAUCUUUCAAACAACAAGCUGUCUGGAGAUAUUCCAGUUAAUGGUUCUUUUAAAUUAUUUUCCUACAGCAGUUUUCAUAAUAAUCAACUAAACAAGUUCCCAGUUUCACCACCACCUUCUAUAACUCCAACACCAUCUGGUUCCGCAGGUAGCAGUAGUAGUAAAACUAGACUUAUUGCUGGAGGAGUUGCUGCUGGUGCUGCUCUUAUUUUCGCUGUCUCUGCAAUUGCUCUUACCUGGUAUUGGAGAAGGAAACUACAGGAUCAUUUCUUUGAUGUACCUGCUGAGCAUCCAGAGGUCCUUCUGGGACAGCUUAAAAGGUUUUCUCUGAGGGAGCUUCAAGUUGCUACUGAUAAUUAUAGCAAUAAAAAUAUUAUAGGCAGAGGUGGAUUUGGGAAGGUUUAUAAAGGGCACUUAGCUGAUGGCUCUCUAGUUGCAGUAAAAAGGCUUAAAGAAGAGUGUACCCAAGGUGGGGAGCUACAGUUCCAAAGAGAACUAGAAAUGAUCAGCAUUGCUCGACACCGUAAUCUACUUCGUCUACGUGGAUUUUGCCUGACACUAACCGAACGGUUGCUUGUGUACCCAUAUAUGGCUAAUGGGAGUGUUGCAUCUUGUUUAAGAGAAUGUCCUGGUUCACAGUCCCCACUUGAUUGGGAAAUACGAAAACGUAUCUCAUUGGGAUCUGCAAGGGGCCUUGCUUAUUUGCACAAUGAAUGUGAUCCUAAAAUUAUUCACCGUGAUGUCAAAGCUGCAAACAUAUUGUUAGAUGAGGAAUUUGAGGCAGUUGUUGGAGACUUUGGGUUGGCUAAACUUAUGGAUCAUAAAGAUACUCAUGUUACUACUGCUGUGCGUGGCACUGUUGGGCAUAUAGCACCGGAGUACCUUUCAACUGGAAAAUCUUCAGAGAAAACAGAUGUUUUUGGAUAUGGAGUUAUGCUUCUUGAACUCAUAACUGGACAGAGCGCUUUUGAUCUAGCCCGUCUUGCAAAUGAUGAUGUCAUGUUAUUUGAUUGGGUUAAAGGACUCUGGAACGAUCAGAAGUUGGAGACAUUGGUGGAUGCCAAUCUACAAGGAAAUUAUGUCAAUGAGGAGGUGGAGCAGCUAAUCCAAGUGGCUCUUCUUUGCACACAAGGCACAGCGGGUGAGCAGCCGAAGAUGUCUGAGGUGGUGAGAAUGCUCGAAGGGGAUGGAUUGGCGGAAAGAUGGGAGGAUUGGCAGAAGAUGGAGUUGUUCCGCCAAGACUUCCACCCGACACACCAUCCAAAUACUCGUUGGAUUGUUAACUCUACUUCUCACAUUCCUCCAGAUGAAUUGUCUGGUCCUAGAUGAUAUCCUUUUGAUGGUUGUCUAUGUAUACAUUCUCCCAACCUUCUCCAUUUCAUGUCUUACAUUAUUGCCCAUAUUUUCAGCAAUACCUUGAUAUUAUCACAGUGGUCUAGAUUGUAUUUAUCUAUCUUACUUAUUUGCCUAAAGGUUCUUUGAUCAACACUACUCUUGAUGUCUAAGAAUUUUUGUGAUAUUUUCAUAUUUAUCUUUUUAGGUUGCCACUAGUUACGUUGGAUAAAAUAAUGGGUUUAUUAUACUUUUU